AUGAAUUUUAAUAUCUGGAAUAUCAAAGAUAUGUUCAGUAUUCCCUCAGGCGCGGGGACUGCUAAAUCAUCUAACUGGAAUAGUAAUCAGAAUGAUUACUCCAGUCUCAGUGAUUCCCAAUUCCUUUUUGGUUCCCAGUUCUGUCCAGAAAGUUCAGAUACCCAGUCAGCACCCUUGGACUUUGAUGUCCAGUUGAAGAACCCAAAACAGUCACAACAGAAUUCUUUGGAUAGUGAACCUAGUGUUUUCGCAAAGUACCAGACCAAACCCCACUUAUUUGGAGGAGGAGGAGAUUCAAAAGAUGGAACUUUAUUUCCUCUUCCUGUGUCAGUUAGAAAAUCAAAAGACUUGCUGAAGCAGUUUGAGGAGAAAAAAAAAAGAGCAGAAGACAAAUAUGACAGUGAGACUCUGUACAACUUUAUUUCCCAUGUCAGAGAAAGCAUUGAUAGGUUGCAGACCACUGUGGAAAAGUCUGAGGAAUGUCUCAGUUUAAGAAGUCAAUUUAUUGUGGAUUCUUUGGAGACUGUGGUCAAGACAUUGCUUGAGACAUCAAGAUCCCAAAAAGACCUGCUGCUGGAAAGAGUGAAGGACACUGGUAACCUGGAGCAGGCCAUCAUUGAGAUACAAAAGAGAUUUGAAGCUAAACAAGCAGAAUUUGUGGAAAUGAAAACCAGCCUAGAGCAUCUUGAAGUCUUGGUUAUCCAGCAGAGUAAGGAUUUGCAGCAGCUGGGAGAGCAGCUGAGCCAGCUGAAUAUUCCUGGUGUCUUAGCAGAGAUCAAGAGUUUGGUCUCAUUCCCUGGAGUAGUCACGCAUGUGAAAGACAGCACUUCCCAGACCUCACCUCUUCUGGCUCAGAGCCUCAGUUUCACCAACCAGAAAGUCUGUGCCCCUGAGGACUCCGCUCUACAGCAGGCGCAGGUCCGCCCUGCUGUAAGGAAGCUCAGUAUGGGCUCCCCAUUACCUCCUAGCUUAAGUGUCUGGGUUGAGGGAGCUCAGCACGAUACCCUUCAAGAAGAGGCUGAACUGCUGGCUUCUAGAGCAGGUAAAGGGAAGCAGGAGGUAAAGGACCAGGCUGUGCAGACUAAUAGCAAGAAUCAUCCUGGGACUAAAGCCAGCUCUGAGAAUGGCAGCACUGACCACACUCUUCCUGAGAACUCAGACCUGCUUUCCCAAGGAGCCUCACCACUUACACACCUGCAUUUAGACCGCUUCGCAACCAGCACUAAGAACAGCUCUCAGAAACAUCAUGCCCGAGAUAUGUUCUUAUAUGACCCCUUUGAACAGAGGUUGGUGACAACCCAGAAAGGCAGAACCAGAGCGAGAGUGAGGAAGGAUAAGAAGCAGCAGCUUAGGAAAGCCUGCAGAGGCAGGCCACGAGCCAGGAAGCAAGAGCAAAUUCCAAGCAAUACCUGUGCUUUUAGUUCUAAACAUCCUCCACCUACAGAUUCUGUUCCUCAAAAGGCCCCCCACAGGCAGCAGGAGGUCUUUGACCUCUCUACACUAGAGGACCCUGCUCUAGGAGGAAGUGUCAGUAAGACAGAAGAAGGGGACCUCCUGCAGGCCAGUGGGCAUUCUUGCCAAGACAGCAGUUCCCAAAGGGACCACCACAUACACUGGUUCAGUGACCUCAACCUUAGCAGUUCCAACUCCCCAAAAUGCAGGGAACCAGGGAAAAUUCUGCUGUAUGACCUGGAUUUUGAUAGCAGUGAUGAUGGUUUUUGA